UAAAUUUGGUGCACAAGCACCGGUUGCCAAUAUAAUUAUAAUUUCUUUUACCUACAUAAAACAAACAAAUCAACAACAAUCGAACACCCCAACGGGCUAAUAAUAAACGCCAGAGAGUGGCGCACAUCCGCCAAUUGAUCAACAAGAAACUAGGAAUUGUAAAGAAAACACAACCGAAAAGGGAGAAAAACACGGCUGAAAAAUGGACCUGCUCGACUCUAUACUUAAUGCAAUGGAUGCACCGCCUGCCAAUAACGAGCAGCAGAAGACGCUGAUCAAAAAACAGCGCGAAAUGAUGGAGCGUAUGCAGAACAAACAGAAGGAGGAGCUUCUUCGAUUCCGGAAGUAUGUGGACGAACGGAUGGGUCGAUUCGCCAAGGAUGACAGACAGUUCAUUGAAUUCCAGCCGCUGGAUAAGGUACAUCGCUCUGUGAUCCACGAAGUAGCCGAAAAUGGCGGUUUUAUUGCCAUGAGCUUUGGCCGCGAGGACGUGGACCGGCACUCGGUUGUGUACAAAAAGGAGCAUGCUCCUGGCGAGGACGAGGUCACGGCCAGACGAAAUGGAGACGGCUGGAAUGCUGAGAUAGCCAAGGAGUAUGCGGAACGACGGCGGGAGCGAUUGGCGCAAGAACAGAGUGACAAGGAAGCGUCCACCUCUGUGGCGGCGAACUCAUCCUCAUCCACGUCUGCUGCCGCGGAUCAAGACGCCGGCGAAGUAAAACCUACGACCAACUAUAAGGCCAAGUAUGCCCACCUCAUAGGAGAGUCGGCCGCAUUGCAGGCUGCUCGCAAGACGGAGACCAACCAAAGCUACGGUUUUGUGCCCAGCAAGAACAAGAAGGACGUGCGUUCCAUCGAACAAACGCUGGCCGAUAUUCAGGCCAAAAAGCGUCUGCGAUUGGCACAGCAACAGGAACUGGAGCAGGCACAGGAGGCAACCACAACCUCGGAGGAUCCAUGAGGCUGGGAUACAAAUAGUAUACAGAUAGAUAGCUCACUUAAUGCAAGACUGUCGUAAUCCAAAAAAUAUGAUUAUACUCCAUAAGGCUCUUAUAAAACUAUAGUCAUAUAGUUGUAUUGUUCCCAAUUCCUAUUCGAUUAUAUUUGAAAAACCAAACCAAAAUUGAACAUUUUAAAUAUGUCUAGGUAUAUUUGUAGAAUUUUUUGGAAAAACCUUUUGCAUAAAUUGUAAUCAUAUCCAUUUACCCUUGAAUACUUUCUUAAAAUGGAAUAUUUUUCGAGUUAUGACAGCCUUGUAUCGAGUAAGAUUAGUUUUGUUGAUUCAGAUUAGUCACAUGCAAGGUCACUGACUGCCAUGUAAAUCAUAAGUAAUAAGCAAUUUAAUUUGUUGGCCAAUAAGGAUGCGAAAGUUAGAUGUUUAGAACAAGUUAUGUAUCCGCAACAGCGUCCGAAUCGCAAUAUCUAUUUAUAUAAUAAAAAUAUAGAAAAGUA